GGGUGAAUUCAGAGCAGGCUCAGGAAAUGUUGCUGUAAUGUACUGUAUUCACAAAGCGCUCUCUCUUCCUCUGUCUCCAUCACUCCCUCUGUCUCUCCAUCUCAUUCCAGACUUGAUCCUUUUAAAUCUCCCUCACAUAAUCCCUCCCUCUCUUUUUCACACGUUUCCUACUUGAGCUUUUGACAGCUAUACUGUACGACGGGGAGGAUGAAAUAGGAGACAGCUGGAAAGCAAUUGUCUCCCUACGCCACAAGGAAAACUAUCAUUUAAGGAGAAGAAUGACUGUCCUAACUUCCCUGUUAUCUGAUUCCCUGUCUUUUUUUUUUCUUUUGUUUUUUACAGUGCAGUUCAACUUGAUUCCUGUGGGUCUCAGGAUAGUGGCCAUUCAGAGCACCAAGACUGGUCUCUAUGUCGCCAUGAACAGCGAGGGCUACCUCUACACUUCGGAACACUUCACGCCGGAGUGUAAGUUCAAAGAGUGUGUGUUUGAGAACUACUACGUGACCUACUCGUCCAUCCUGUACAGACAGACCCAGUCAGGACGGGCGUGGUACAUCGGCAUCAACCGGGACGGACAGGUCAUGAAGGGGAACCGGGUGAAGAAAACCAAGGGAGCUGCUCACUUCCUGCCCAAACUCAUUGAAGUGGCCAUGUACAGGGAGCCCUCUUUACAUGACGUUGCUGAGCAGAGCCCGCCCAGGAAAACGCCCAAGACCUCUAGUGACUCGCCAGUUCAUCAGAACGGCAAGAAGGACCCUCAAUCCAAAACUAAAACCUCAACCUCGUAGCGCUGAGAGACACAAGAGGUGGGGGCGGUGGGGGCGUGGCGGUCGAAGUUACAGGACACCAGCUAAAACCCGAACAGGGCUGUCAGGGCUAAGCCAACCCUCUCACCCCUCCUAAAGCCGGGAGAACUCUGCAGUUCAUGGAUGAACUGGUGUGAAGCAGGAACAGAAGAGCAGAGCUGGGACGUGUGAAGCUGGCCAAUGGGAAGCUCUCGUCUUUACCUUCACAGAUGCUCAGCCACACCAGCUACCCACAGUCCUAUGUCACGUAUCCAAGCCUGGGAUGAAAAAGCAAUAACUCCAUAAAAGAGCAUCGUAAAGCAGCGUGUUGAACCAUGUGCAGAAAUCACCCACGAGUGCACACACACACACACACACACACAUACACACACACAAAUGCACGCACACACUUGAUGUAAUCAGAAACAAACGUCCAGUCAUCUGAACAUCUGAGAUAAGUCGUCUGGGUUUUACUACAGCAGUCAGUUCUUUCCU